GUUCAUUCUUUUUUUUGCUUUAUUGAUCAUGAAGAAACCAAUUUAUUCAUUAACCAGAAAGUUAGCACGCAUGUCAUGGAACAAAUACAACUUGUUCAAUAUUGCCACUAAACAGUUGGCUUAUAUGGAUGUAAAGACCUUAUUUCAACAAAAAUGGCUGUCAAAAAGAGAAACCCGUGCUUACCAUGGUGAUGAACUAACAGAACGUCAAUUCAAAAACAAAUUCUUUGAUCCCAAGCUACCUACCGUUCUUGCUUCUGAUCACCCACCUGUUGCUUCACUUUUAUAUGCCAACUUGGAACGUCGCUUAGAUUUUGUUGUCUUUCGAAGCAACUUUUGCCCCUCAAUCUAUGCUGCUCGUCAAUUAUGUGUUCAUGGUAAAGUGCAAGUGAAUGGCAAAAAGAUGGCUUUCCCUUCUCAUAAAUUAAAAGAUGGAGAUGUCAUAUCAGUUGAUCCCAGCGCUAUUCAAUUUUUAAAAGGAGAAAAAGGAACAGAGUUAGACUUUACACCAAAGCCAUUCUCCCAACCAUUUUUAUUUGUGCCUGAAUAUCUUGAAGUGAAUUAUAAUACUUGUCAGACCGUUUUUCUAAGAUCACCUAUUUCAAGACCAGGUCGUACGGAAAUUCCUUCACCUUAUCCUCCUGAAUAUCACGCACUUGCCUAUGAAUAUUAUGCUCGUAAUAAAUAAAAUAUAUAGAAUCUAUUUAUACAAAGAGAGAGAGGGGAGUUUUUCAAGGGGGAUGGAACGGAAGUGUUGCUCUCCUAUUACCCUACAUAUAUAUAACCUUUAUGGCGG